AUGCUAUACAUAAUCGGAUUAGGGUUAGGCGACGAAAAAGACAUCACACUCAAAGGUUUAGAAGCAAUUCAAAAAUGCGAUAAGGUUUACAUGGAAGCAUACACUUCUCUCCUCUCCUUUGGUCUCUCCUCAAAUGGUCUCUCCAAUCUCGAAAAGCUUUACGGUAAACCCAUUAUUCUUGCUGAUAGAGAAAUGGUUGAAGAAAAAGCAAAUGAUUUUCUCUCUCAAGCUCAGCUUUCUAAUGUUGCUUUUCUCGUUGUUGGUGAUCCUUUCGGGGCAACUACUCAUACUGAUCUUGUUGUUCGAGCGAAGGAGAUGGGGGUUGAGGUUAAAAUUGUGCAUAAUGCGUCGGUUAUGAAUGCUAUUGGGAUUUGUGGUUUGCAGCUAUAUCGAUAUGGUGAAACUGUUUCGAUACCGUUCUUUACGGAGACCUGGAGACCUGAUAGCUUCUAUGAAAAGAUUCAACAAAAUCGGAAUUUGGGACUUCACACACUUUGCUUGUUAGAUAUUCGGGUGAAAGAGCCUACAUUGGAAUCUUUGUGCAGAGGGAAAAAAGCCUAUGAACCGCCCAGAUAUAUGACAAUCAACACAGCCAUUGAGCAGUUAUUGGAGAUUGCACAAGCACGUGAAGAUUCCACCUAUACGGAAGAUACCGAGUGUGUUGGGCUUGCUCGGAUUGGAAGUGAAGAUCAGAUGGUAUUAGCUGGUACAAUGAAGCAGUUACAGUUGAUUGAUUUUGGAGCGCCUUUGCAUUGCCUUGUCAUAACUGGCAAGACCCAUCCUCUGGAGGAAGAAAUGCUGAAUUUCUACCGAUGCAGGAUGUAG